UGCACGAAAAUAAUUGCAGUUAGUAGAACUCACCUCCUUCUCUCGCAGCCGAAUAAAGUUUCCAUUUUUUUCUUUUUUGUCGUUAAACUAUCUACAGUCUCUCCCUGAAGAAUCUGAUCAAAGGCCUAAAUUAUCCACCGUCGGAGUAAGAUCUCACUCACCCUCACUCGUUCUGUUCGGGAAUUUCCCACCUGGCUAAGGUUUUACUGUGAAUUCAAGUUUUGGAGAAGGAAGAGUUUUUUAAUAAGCGCCAGUUUCAGUCUGAACUCAGUCUCGCUAACUUCAUCUAUUUUCUCUUCCAUUUCUACGGUAAAAGAUGAUCUUUCUUGAUCUUGACUUCUGGGGUAAGUUAUAAUGCAAAAUUGAAGAUACAUGCUUUUUAUAGCUCACCUUAGCUAAGCCAGCUGUCAACUCUGCGCUUGGUUCGGAUGGUUAUUUUGAAAAUUCCCAACGAAUGAAGUUUGCAACAUUGGCUUUUCAAAGAUUGCCAUGCUGAAUGCUGCUUACAGUCAGUGGAUUAGGGAUGAAUUCUGCGAUGGAUGACAUGAACUUGAUUCAGCAGGCUCAAAGGCACCACUUAGUGGUCAGAGAGAUUGGGGAAGAAAUUGAUCUAGAAAUUGGUCCUGGCGAUGACGAUCCUUCAUUUUCUAACACGCCACUUAUUGGUGGCCCACCUCGAGAACCUUCGGCUGAAGAACAAGAUGAUAGUAAGCAUAUGGUGAUGGUAUCUCAACUUCCCAGCGACGAUCAAGAUAUGUCGAAAUCACAACCAGCAAAGAGGAAGAAGAAGGUGGUCAAAAGAUGGAGAGAGGAAUGGGCUGAUACCUAUAAAUGGGCUUAUGUUGAUGUCAAGGAGGGGACAGCAAGGAUUUUUUGCUCAGUUUGUAGAGAAUAUGGGAGGAAGCAUAGACGGAACCCUUAUGGAAAUGAGGGCAGCCGGAAUAUGCAGAUGAGUGCAUUGGAAGAGCACAACAACAGUUUACUUCACAAAGAGGCUCUUCGACUUCAGAUGGCUUCCAAGGAUAAAAUUAUUGUUGACAAACCUAUUUAUGUUAAAGCUCUUAUGUCAAAAACUGCUGGAUCAAUUGUUGAAGCUGCACUUAAAAGGGACCCUCACGAGGUUGAGUUUGUGCAGUCAGUGCAAGAAGUUGUUCAUGCCCUAGAAAGAGUGAUUGCAAAAAAUUCUCAUUAUGUCAACAUCAUGGAACGCUUGUUAGAACCUGAACGUAUGGUUCUCUUCAGAAUUCCUUGGGUGGAUGAUAGAGGUGAGACACAUGUAAACCGAGGCUUUCGAGUACAAUUUAAUCAGGCCUUAGGUCCCUGUAGGGGUGGUAUACGAUUUCAUCCAUCAAUGAACUUAAGUAUCGCAAAGUUUCUUGGAUUUGAACAGACAUUAAAGAAUGCGCUAUCACCAUACAAAAUAGGAGGGGCAGCUGGUGGAAGUGAUUUUGAUCCAAAAGGAAAAAGUGAUAAUGAGGUAAUGCGGUUUUGCCAAAGUUUCAUGAAUGAGAUCUAUCGCUAUUUGGGUCCUGACAAGGACCUCCCUUCCGAAGAAAUGGGUGUUGGUACUCGGGAAAUGGGUUAUCUAUUCGGACAAUAUAGACGCUUAGCAGGUCAUUAUCAGGGAAGUUUUACAGGGCCAAGGAUAUUUUGGUCUGGCUCUAGCCUUCGAACUGAAGCUACUGGAUAUGGGCUGGUAUUCUUUGCCCAGCUCAUCCUUUCUGACAUGAACAAGGAGCUUAAAGGAUUAAGAUGUGCUGUAAGUGGUUCUGGAAAAAUUGCAUUGCAUGUUCUGGAGAAGCUUAUUGCUUAUGGUGCUCUUCCAAUCUCAGUGUCAGAUUCGAAAGGAUAUUUGGUGGAUGAAGAUGGAUUUGAUUACAUGAAAAUAUCUUUCUUGAGAGAUAUUAAAGCACAACAGAGAAGCUUGAGAGACUAUUCAAAGACUUAUGCUAGAUCCAAGUAUUAUGAUGAAGCAAAACCUUGGAAUGAGAGAUGUGAUGUAGCAUUUCCAUGUGCUUCACAGAAUGAAAUCGAUCAAGCUGAUGCCAUUAAUUUGGUAAAUUCAGGUUGUCGUAUAGUAGUAGAAGGUUCAAACAUGCCGUGCACUCCUGAAGCUAUUGAUUGUUUGAGAAAAGCCAAUGUUCUCAUUGCUCCUGCAAUGGCUGCUGGUGCUGGAGGGGUUGUUGCUGGAGAACUUGAGUUAAACCACGAGUGCAAUUCAAUGAACUGGUCACCUGAGGAUUUUGAAUCUAAGUUGCAGGAAGCAAUGAAACAGACUUACCAGAGAGCACUCAAAGCAGCAACCGAUUUUGGAUAUCAGAAAGAGAGUCCCGAGGCAUUGGCUCACGGAGCUGUGAUCGCGGCUUUUCUAACUGUUGCUCAAGCCAUGACUGAUCAAGGAUGUGUAUAGAAAAAGCUCAAGCAUAUGUAGUAGAGGACCCGAUUAGUCUUCAAAAGAUUGCUUCUGUUAACCGAGAGAUAUUGAUGCAAGCAACCAGCUGCGGAACAUUGCGGGAAUUGUGUUUAAAAGGUUUGGGGAUCUAUGUGUCUGUCUGUUCAGACCAGGUAAUGGUAUAAUGGAAGUUAUAGGAAAUCCCUCUGUAACACACACAUGCAAGCAUAAUAGCUAUGCGUGGAAAGGGGUAGCUUUAGCUUGUGGGGAAGAGAACUGAAAUAUACGCAUAAUGCAAGAAAAUUGUGUAGUUGUAAACUUUAGUGAGCCUAUAAAAGAUUGUAAGUUCUCCAAAAUUCAUGGAGUACAGUUGAGAUGUAAAUGCGCAUACCGCAUUCUUGUCAGACUGCUUAAAAUAUUUGAAAUAAAAUUAGUCAUUUGUUGUAA